ACCCUUCCCAAAAAGGCACAUCUCUCUCUCUUUCUCUCUCUCUGAACUCCUGUCGCUCCCUCACAUGGAAGACGAUGACGAGUUCGGCGAUCUAUACACAGAUGUUCUCCGACCUUUCUCUUCGUCAUCUGCUCCGCAGCCGCAUCAAUCAUCAUCAAAUCCUGCGUCUUUCAACCCUUCGAUCGAUCUCAACACCCACAGCGAUGAUGAAGAUUUUUUGUACGUAGCUCCCAAAUCCAAUUCGACCAUCUCUCACAAACCCAUUAAUCAAACCCUAGUUCCCGAGCCCCAAAAGCCGCCACCGGAAUUGGGUACCGCCCAAAGUCGAGAUUCUGGUCUGAAUUUUGGCGGCGGCGAUGUGUUGGUGGAGCAGGGAUUGGGGAAAGGGGGCGAUUUUGUUGGGGGUUCGAAGAAUUGCGCGGCGGAUUCUCUGGAGUUGGGUGGUUCUAGGGUUUUGGAGAGUGGGGAUGUGAAAUUACCCGAUGGGGCUUCUGAAGAUGAUAAAUCUGGAGUCGAUGCUGGGAGAGGCCGUGGAGGUGAUAAGGAUGUAGAUUUUAUGGAGAAAGAUGUUAAUUUCGAUAUUGAAGAGGUCGAUGGCGAAGCUGGAGAUGUGGGUUUGGACCCAAUUAUACCUGGGCUCUCAGCUGCCCCUGCAAUACCGAGUCUUGAUGCUCCAGUUGAGCCUCAAAACCGAGAAAAGACGAAUGUUGUGGCUCGCGAUGAUGCUAGUGUCCAGGGCGAUGAUUGGGAUAGUGAUAGUGAGGAUGAUUUGCAGAUUGUGCUGAAUGAUAACAACCAUGGGCCUAUGGCUGCGGAGAGAAAUGGGGUGAUGGGCAGUGACGAUGAAGAUGAAGAUGGAGACCCUUUGGUUAUUGUUGCUGACGGAGACCAAACUCAUCCUCCGUUGGAGGAGCAAGAAUGGGGCGAGGAUACUGCGGUGGAUGGCGAGAGGAAGGAAGGGGCUGAUGCAGCCAAAGUCAAUGGUGCAAUUGCAGGACCCCCAAAAAUUGGGUAUAGCAGUCAUGGUUAUCAUCCAUUUCAUUCUCAGUUUAAGUAUGUGAGACCUGGUGCAGCGCCUAUUCCUGGAGCAGCAGCUGUUGUUCCUGGAGGAACCCCAGGUCAAGUUCGUCCACUUGCAAAUAUUGGCCCUGUACCUGGUCGUGGUAGAGGUGACUGGCGACCAGCAGGAAUAAAAAAUGCUCCUCCCAUGCAGAAAAAUUUUCAUUCUGGGUUUGGGGCACCUGCUUGGGGUGGCAAUAUGGCAGGGCGUGGUUUUGGUGGUGGACUAGAAUUCACGCUUCCUUCUCACAAGACUAUAUUUGAUGUUGAUAUUGAUAGUUUUGAGGAAAAACCAUGGAGACAUCCUGGUGUUGAUAUAUCUGACUUUUUCAACUUUGGUUUCAAUGAGGAGAGCUGGAAACAGUAUUGCAAACAACUGGAACAACUCCGUCUGGAGGCUACUAUGCAAAGCAAGAUUCGUGUUUAUGAAAGUGGGCGAACAGAGCAGGAGUAUGAUCCCGAUCUGCCACCAGAACUUGCAGCAGCAGUAGGUAUUCAUGAUGUUUCGGCUGAAAAUGGAAAUCUUGGAAGGGCUGAUGUUGGACCUAGUGAUUUAGCAAAAGCUUCUGCUCGUGUGCGGCCACCAAUUCCGACUGGGAGAGCAAUACAGGUGGAAGGAGGUUGUGGUGAACGUCUUCCUUCUGUUGAUACUCGACCCCCCCGAGUUCGUGAUUCUGAUGCAAUUAUUGAGAUUACAUUGCAGGGCUCUUUAGAUGAUGAUUCCCCUACAGGGAAUGGUGCCCCAGAGCCACCAGAUAAUGAUCUUCCUAGAGAGGAUCUCAGAGUAGGCAAUGAAGUUGAAGAUGAUGCGGCACAGGAAGAUACUGAAUAUUUUGACAGUUUUUCAACCACUUAUAGUGGUAGGAACAGGGAGCUGGUUGGAAGAAGUGCACCUUUCAUGAAUUCCCUUCGUGAUGACAUGCCUGGAGGAGAUGGAAUUCUGCCCUUCCCUCCAGAGGCACCUGUUCAGUAUCGUCCUGGUUCUAGGGGGCAGGACCCUGUACAUCCUGGUGGGAACUUAGGCACUCCUCAUGAGGACAGGCGUAUUCGUGGAAGAGCACAUGGUAAAUCACCCCACAUGACUCCUAUUCAGAGUACACGUGAUAAUAGAUUCCUUGAUAGCCAGAAAGAAGAAUCAGUUGAAAGCAUGGAUGUUAAGGGCAUGACAUCAUCUCCUGUUAGAGUUGCUCCUCCUCGGGAGCCUAGUGUUGAAAAGAAAGAUGCUGUGCAUGAUGAAAUUGAGCUGGCUGAUGGAAUGGAAAGAGAGGAAUUGACUUCAGAUAUAAUUGUCACAACUGAUACCUCUAAAGUUGGAAAUUCAGUUCAAUCCGGGAAGAAACAAAAACUAAGUUCUCGUGUUGAACAACCUCCACCCCAAGAGCUUGAUGGUGGAAUUGUGCUGGCUGAUGGAACCUCUGGAAUGGAAAGGGAGGAACUGACUUCAAAUACAAUGACCUCAACUGAUGCCCUUAAAGAUGAAAAUUUGAUUCCAUUCGGGAAGAAACAAAAACUAAGUUCUCGAGUUGAACAACCUCCACCUCAAGAACUUGAUGGUGAUGAGGACUUAAAGGCUACAAGAAGUAGUGAAAAUAGCAAAGCAAGAUCAGAAAGCAGCAGAGAUCUUCAGAAGUGGCAUGAUGGUGGUGAGGAGGAAGUUAUUGAAGAUGGAUCUUCUGUACGCAUGGGGAACAGCAAGAGGCACCUUGACGAAGAUGAACAAAGCUUCCGGAGAAAAGAUCGUGAUGGAAGACAAGAGAUGGAAAGAAGUCGCAUGGUAGUAAAAGGGAGAGAGGAUACUUAUCCUCAUAGAGACUGGGAUUCUAUCCCGAACCAUCAUUCACAUGUGAAAACUGAUAGCUUUGACAGGCGAAAGGAGAGGGACAGUUCUGAUGGAGGAUGGCAACGGAGAGAUGAUGAUCCGCAUGGUAGAAGAAUUCGACCUGAAGAUGCAAGGAAGCAGGAGCGUGGUGAUGAAAUGGGAUCUAGGCACAGGAGUAAGGUUCGAGAGAGUGAGAGGAGCAACAAAGAUGAGCUUCUUCAUUCAAGAAAGCUGUUGGACAAUGGCAGUUGGAGGGGCCAUCAAGAUAAAGACAUGGGAUCACGACACAGAGAAAGAGAUGAUAAUUUGAAGAGUCGUUAUGGAAACUUGGAUGACCUCCAUGGCAAAAGAAGAAAAGAUGAGGAGUAUCUAAGAAGGGACCAUGCUGAAAAAGAAGAGACCUUGCAUAGCCACAGAGAAAGUGCUAGUCGUCGGAAACGAGAAAGGGAUGAUGUUUUGGACCAGCGCAAGAGAGAUGAUCAACCAAGAAUAAGAGAUAACCUCGAUGAUCACCAUUCUGUUAGGCACAAAGAUGAGGGCUGGAUGCAGAGGGAGAGGGGGGAGAGGCAGCGGGAAAGGGAAGAGUGGCAUAGGCUCCGGCAACCCCAUGAAGAAAAUCUUUCAAAGCGGGAAAGAGAAGAAGGAAGAGGAGCAGUAAGGAGUGGGCGAGGUGCAGAAGACAAAGCAUGGGUCAGCCAUGCUAGGGGAAAGGACGAGUAUAAAGGCUCUGAUAAAGACUACCAAUAUAAAGACACAGGGAGGCACAGCGAACAGCCUAAGAGAAGGGAUCGGGUAGAGGACGAAAGUUUUUCACAUCACAGGGGACGUGAGGAUGUCUAUGCUCGUGGAAGUCAAUUUAGUAAUGAGGAGAGAAGAUCAAGGCAGGAAAGGUCAAGUGCUCGUAAUGAUCAUUCUGCCAAUGCAUCUGAUCACCAGAGGGUGCACGACAAAAAACAUAAAGAGAAUACAAGGAAGAACAAAGAAUCUGAGGGUGCUGAUAUCAGCACUUUGGGCCCUUCAAAGAGAAAUCAGGAAGAUCACAAUAGCCAGAGAAAUGAGACGGUCAUCUCGAAGGGCACAAGUGAGCAAGGAAAUGGUGAGCAUGAGAUCCUGGUGCACCGUCAGUCCAGAAAGCAUAGGGAAGAUGCAUCUUCAGAUGAUGAGCAGCAAGAUUCAAAGAGAGGGCGGUCCAAAUUGGAGCGCUGGACAAGCCACAAGGAGAGGGAUUACAACCUCAAUAUCAAGCCAUCUUCGUCCAUAAAGGUUAAGGAGAUCGAGAGGAAUAAUAGUGGUGGAUCUCCAUUAACUGGCAAGUUUCCAGACGAAUCUGCCAAGACAGUUGAGGCUGUUGAUAGCCAACACCAUGUUGAGGAAAAGGAUGCUGGUGACCUUGAGAUUAAGGAUGCUGAUAUGAAACCGAUGGAAGAUCGUCACCUGGACACAGUUGCAAAGUUAAAGAAACGAAGCGAGCGGUUCAAGCUUCCGAUGCCAAGUGAGAAGGAAGCUGUGGCUGUUAAAAAAGUGGGAAGUGAAGCACUGCCUCCACCCCAACUGAGACUCCUGCGGAUUCAGAGAUAAAGCAAGAGCGCCCAGCCAGGAAAAGGAGGUGGGUUGGUAACUAAAUGUGAAGUGAAGGGGCCAGUUUUAAUUGGUCAUUUGUCACUACUGCAGUUCUGGGGAACUCCUGCUCAGCCCGAUUCUUUGUUCUAGACUCUGAAGGUCUGGUCCCAUUGUGGUGCAUCAUGUUUAAGGUUGCCUUGUGUAGGGCCCCAGAGAUUGAUUGCCAUAUGACCUCCAUUAUAUAAUCUUGUAACCUUUCUGCUGCUGCUCUAUACUUGGUUCUUCUUUAUGUUAUGUAUAUACUAGUGAAUGUAACAUUGAAUUGGCCAUCUGUGUGGCACACAAUUGGUUGUCUGUCGGAGUAGCAAAGCAUCAAUCCAUAUUUUGUUACACAGAUUAUUGGGGGUGCUAAGAAGGUCCUACACAGCAUGGCCAGUUGUGCCAACAGGAUCUCUGCCCUAACCGAGGGUGAGGCAUUAAGUCUGACGCUGGCUGCUUCUUCGGGCUGCGACUGCUUAGAGGUUCAAACAAAUGUUAGAGCCCAGGAACCCGAAGGCCAAACUCGAAAGGAGGAUGCCCUGAUGCCCUGAUGCCCUGAUCUGCCUUUGCAGGGGAUUUGAAUGAACAUUAUAAUUUCAUUUUUGUUAUAUGUAGUAUGUAUUUUUAUUAGUCUUUAUCCCAGUUUCCCUCCCUUGUAUGGAAGAGAAGGGGAUCUGAAAGUCCCUAGUGUCAGAACUUGGGAAUUCCUCUAUCCGUUUUAAGGAAUAUAAUGGAAUGAGAUUUCAAAAGAAA